CACCCCUUCAAGUAAAGUGUUACCAUGGUUUCUUUACUGUACACAACCUCUCAAUGCAGUCUCCUGCAGCCUAACAGUUAAAGAUGUAAUUGGAGGUUGGAGAUCUCAUCCAGAAGCUGUUUUGAGGUGGUCCCAUCCUCCUGUCAAAAUGCUCACUAGUCUUCCUUAACCAGCACUUCACAUUCAGCAUGGUGCCGAUCUCACUGUGCUUUGAAAUAAUUCUGUGACCAUUCACAUUCUGGACAUGAGCAAUAUCCAAAACCGAAUGACCAGAUUUAGCCAUUUCAACAAUUGGUUGCAGAGGAUAACUCCUUCCAUCUGGCCAUUUUCACUAAAACCCACAAAAUAAAGUCUAAUAAUAUAGCUAUUACUUGCCACAAUUUAUUGAAUUACAGGCUGGGAAUAAUGAGUGCGAGCUUGCAUGACCACUUGACCACACAAUUUGGUGUUUCAUUGCAUCAUGAUAAAUUAUAUAACUGAAAUGUGGAACAUGCAUUGUUGUCUUUGAGAUGCUAAACUCUUAAAAAUAAAGGUUUCAAAUGGGGGGUUUCACAACAGUUACAUAGAAGAACCAUCUUUCAGUGAACAGUCCUUAAAAGAACCAUUCUUAGUCUAAAGAACACUUUAAUUAUAAAGAACCACUUGUGCAAUUACUUCACUUGGAUGGAUGUUAAAGGUUCUUCAUGAAACCAGAUGUCAAUAAAGAAACUUUAACCUCCAUCUGGACUGGACAAGAACUAGAUUUCAGCCUCCUGAAGAGGAAAUGACAUCUCCUUCAUUGAGUGUAGUGUGUAGUCCUGUACAAAGGGGGAGGAUAGAGGGUGUGCACUAAGUAAAAACAGAGCGUGUCCUGUCUCGGGUUACACAGAAGAGAAGGAGGAAAAAAAGAGUAGAGGAAUUCACAGUCACUUUUUGCGAAGAGAUUUAACUGGAGUUGCAUGGAGCCCAUCAGACUGGAGAAUGAAGAUCUCUGCAGUGGUAACAGCUCUCCUGACUAACGUCUUUUUUGGAAAUGUGUGCUCGGCUAUCAACGUCACAGUCACUCCCUCUCCGUUCACGGUGGUGGCUGAGGGGGAGAACAUCACCUUGUCCUGUCAGGUGAGCCAGCGGCGCCGGUCGGCGAGUCUGCCUGUGGUGCGCUGGAUGUUUCAGCCGGAGUCGGGAGGAGAGGAGCUGCUGGUGGCGCGGGUGAACAUGCAGAGAGCCAAGUUUUACGGGAACUACACCAAGAGCUUCCGCAAGCCCAAAAUGAAACUGACGGUGGUGAAACACGGCAAGAUAUACAACCUCCUCAUCGUGAACAUCGGCGAACAGGACCGGGGUCUUUACAGCUGCAGGGUGCAGGAGUUUAAGAAGCAUCAGGAACGAUGGAAAGCUUUGACCAACAGCUCGGCCUCGACACAGCUCCGAGUCCAUGUUCUCCCAGCCGGCAAACCAAAAGAGGAACUGUGGAGUCUGUUUGAAGACGUGUAUCUGUGUGCUGUGCUGGUGUGUUGUGUUGGGCUCUUGUGCAUGUGCAUGUUCACUAUAGCUGUGAGCUGUCAGUAUCUGCAGAGGAAAAGACGAUUAAAAGAAAACUAUCAUUUGGUCAAGAGCCCACAGAACAGUUCAGGGGAGACGGUCACUAGUGUCGUCAGUCUGUCUCCAGCUCUUCCCAAGAAGGUGAGAAAGUACAAGAAAAAUAAAAGAGUUGAGCAGCCAGAUGUGCCACCAGAGAUACCGGCUAAAGCCCCUAUUGUAGACAAAAUGCGAAAGCCAAAGCUUUUGAAACCUCAACCCAGAAAAGUGGUUUUGCCCAAAAUUGCAGAGGAGAGUCUGACGUACGCCGAGCUUGAACUGAUGAAGCCACUGCCUGAAGCCAAAGCUGCGAAGACAGGAACGGUGUACGCUCAGAUACUCUUUGAGGACAAGCCUGUGUAGCAUUACAUUUACUCGGUACAAAACAUUAUUUAUAAUAACACAAUGCUGAUUUUUUUUUUUUUCUGAUGUUUUAUACAUGCAACCUUAGGUGAAGUGUAAAUAUUGUAUAUGUAUAUUCAUUUUUUUUAUGUUUAUGUCUUAUCUGUGAUACAAGUUUAAUAUUUAGCAAAUCCAAAACACACAUGCAGGAAAUUGUCAUCUGAAAACUGCAAACUGUAACUAAAUGGCGUACAAAAGCCCUAAUAUUACCUAUUUAAAUUUAAAGUUGGACUCCUAUCUGUUAAUAAACUAAUAAUUUAUACAAGGACAUUUGCACAAAUAACUUUUAGCCACAAAAACACACGGAAAUCAUCUCAGGAAUAUUCUGGGUUCAAUAUAAAUUAAUUUGCACAGCUUCUGUGUCCUGCAAUUGAUGUAUUUUUACGUCAAUUAUAUUAAAUACUAUUUUGCUAUAUUAAAGGAUCCUAAUUUUACGGAAGAGGGAUUAAGGCCAAGCAAUAAUAAAAAAAU